AUGGCCGCCAUUCCUCCUGAUGCACAGUUGUACACGGUGAAGCAUUCCUUGAAAAGUUCGCCGGAUCAUGUCCCCAUCUUGGCGUACGUACCACGUCUGUCUCGUCCACGAUUCUCCUCCGAAGCUUAUCGAUUGCUGACCGCGGGAUACACCAAUGUAGAUACAUCUAGCCAGUUUGAGUAUCAAUGUUACCGCAGUGAACCAGAUACAGACGCUAUACUAUCAUUUGGUCGAUCAGCACCCAUAACAACAGACAGAUCACCACCAGCGGAUGAGAGUCACUUCAGUCGUUUUCCAACGACCAGAGUUGUCAAAUUACCUGCAGCAGAUGGAUGGGAUAGAGAUGGUUUCGGUCCUUUCUACUGUGAGGCUUCUAAACCUGAUCGAGAUGUUACAAGGGUUACUACAAUGUUCCAACGGAAUGACACUAAAUUCAUAUCAAGUGAUGGAUUUUUUACAAAAACGGUUAAUGUGAAUGACACUGGGGUGAUGAUCAGCAUGACUAGUCGUAGUAAUCCUGAUGAGAGUGACAAUGUGAUUACUUGGAUGAAAGAUGGAAGUGAGGUUCUUACAUCAUUUGAUGGGCAGACUCAGAUCAGCUUCCCAAACCCAAUCCAGAUAUCAGACCAAGGAAUCUAUGAGAUCUACUAUGAUAACGAGAGGAAUCAAAAUAGAGGAGGUUUAUACAGACUCAUCGUCAGAGAAUGCCCUGCUGGUAAGUGGGGUCCCCCUGAGUGUUAUGGUAUCUGUGAUAAAUGCUACAAUGGUGGAAUCUGUGAUGACAAGUCUGGUCUAUGUAUCUGUCCUAACAACUUCAUGGGAACGAAUUGUUUAGAAACUUGUAGAAAUUCUGGUGGAAAUCGAUUUGGAUUGAGCUGCGAGUUUCGAUGUUCAUAUAACAUUAAUGCUGCCACACAAUGUCAUGGGUUUCUCUUUUGCCUGCCUGAUCCUUAUGGAUGUUCAUGUGACGUCGGUGCCCAUGGUCUAGCAUGUAACACACAAUGUACUAUGGGUACAUAUGGUCCAGGAUGUUCACAGACAUGUCACUGUGGUUCAUCAUGUGAUAUCUACAGUGGAAUAUGUACAGGUGGAUGUCAGGCUGGCUGGUCUGGGGAUAACUGUCAAAUCCCAGAUGAAUGUGAAGGCGGUUACUUUGGAUCUCAAUGCACUGAUAAAUGUCAUUGCUUGAAUGAUAAACCAUGUGAUAAAGAUCCUGGAGAGUGCCCUGAGCAGAAGUGUGCUCUAGGAUACAAAGUACGCAAUGGCCAGGUCAAAUGUCAAGAGUGUGAAGGGGGUACCUUUGGUUUGGAUUGUCUUCAGCAAUGUCACUGUGCUCCAGAAGCUUGUGAGACGGAGAGGGGUCUUUGCAAGGGACAAUGCAUUGAUAGUUGGACUGGACCAUACUGUCAAAGAAUAUUAAGAUUGGUUCCAGUGAGAGUGAACCCAUAUCAACCGUCUAGCUUCACAUGUUAUGUUGAGGCUAUCCCACUUCCCGAUGCAUCCUCAGUUGAUCUUUACAGACGUACUGGAGACAUAAAUAACAGGACAGGAAUCACCAGGAGAUCUAGCACUGUCUUAGGGUCAGAACAAGCUGUUGUCUUUGAUGUUGAUAGUGUGUAUCCACAGGAAGAUGGGAGAUACGAGUGCAGUCUUAUUGUUGAAGGUGUAGGCUAUCCCAGUACGCUCAUUACCAACGCAACAUAUGUUCUGCCAGUCAUAGAGAAAGAACCAGUGAUAUUGAGCACCACGUCAACUACAGUAGGUCUUCGAUGGAAUGCAUGGUCUGAAGAAGAUGACAAAGGUGAUCCUCCUCUGGUAGGAUAUGAUGUCUUUGUAAAGAAGGAAACUGACUGGGUAACGGAUCAGAGAGUAGACCAAGUCACAACAUCAGCUAUCGUUAGUAACCUGACACCCGACACAGAUUACAGGUUUCGUGUAGCAGCAGUGAGGGAAGGAACAGGUGGAACAGGACCCAUGUCUCCUAGGAACAACACAAUAACUCUCUGUAGAAAACCCAGUGCUUCUCCAACUGGACUACAAGUUUUAGCCAUCAACCCUAAAGAGCUAGAGGUGACAUGGGAGCAUCUCCAAUCAGAAUCAGCAGAAUGCCGGAGUGGAGUGACUCAUUAUAUGAUAUAUUACGCUCCCUCUGGUUCAAUUCCUUUAAACUCUCUCAUGGUUCGUAAUGACACAAGCUCUUACACGAUAAGAGGGUUGGAUACCUAUCUGGACUAUACCAUCCAAAUAACUGCAUCAAAUGAAGACGAGGAAAGUGAUAGGAGCAGGGAGACUAUCGGCAAAACGAUUGAAGAAGUUGCACCUAGUCCUAUUAAUGUGGCUAUACCACAGAGUACUACAAGCUCCUUCACUGUAUCCUGGUCUACGCCUCUACCAUAUAACAUCAAUGGUAACAUCCAGAAGUAUAUCAUCCGCUUCAAGCAAACUGAUCCCAUUGUUGAUGGUGACUAUAAGAUGGAGGAAGUAUUGAAUGGUAUGUUUGGAGGAGAGCAUACUGUGGUAGACCUGACAGCACAGUCCAACUACUCAGUUCAGGUACAGACUGUUAAUGGAGCUGGUUCUAGUAAUUGGUCAGAACCUGUGAAUGCUAAGACGAUGACACCGGGUUGCCCUCCAUGUGCGUCAGUAGGACUGAUAGUAGGGAGUGCCAUGGCUGCCCUCGUUAUCAACAACCUGGUCAUUAUUCUCGUCAUUGUCAUCUUUAGAAGGAUUAAACAAAGACGUUUGAACGCUGAACCAGCCGCGUCGCCACCAAAUAAAGCACAAGAGACCUCUUCGAAGUAUGGGAACCCUGCAUUUGAUGACUCGGACACCCAUGCAUACCAAGAUCUCAAUACAGACACACCUAAUUACCAGAAUCUUACCGACCCCCAUAACUAUCAAGAUCUUAAGAAACCCAACAUCGACGUUAACUAUCAAAAUGUCACAAAAUCAGACCCGGGAGACACUUAUGAAGAAAUAUAGAAACAACCCUAGCGUGGCGAAGGUGUAUGGUGCCAACAUUGAUACUUGCUGGAUCAACAAUUAUCCUUUCGCUCCCAUACAGACUUUAAUUUUUUUGAAAAUAGUAUACUUAAGGUAAAAGACUUAUAUUUUGUCCAACUAGGUCAAUUAAUAUAUGAUUAUAUAAAUAAUAUGUUGCCAUCUGUUUUUCAAGAAAUGUUUUUUUUUAAACAGCUCAGUCCAUAAUUACCAAACAAGACAUUCGGAGGAUUUUUCAUUUACCUCUCUUGCGGACCCUCUUAGCUCAGAAAAACAUUUAUAUAGGAAGGCUCCAUCGAUUAAUAUUCAUAAGAAUUGUUUUUAUUACAAUCAUAUAAACCUCAUUGAGGUAUAAGAUGUUGCUGUUGUUUUAGUUGAAUACAAGAUCUUUCUCAACUCAGUGACUCAAAAUGUAAUUUGAUAUAUUAUAUUAUGCCCUCUCGUGCUUAUCUCCUUUCUAAUGCGCAUUUCUCUUCCCUCAUCUUCUUCUCAACCCCAAAUGCAACUCUUCCUUUUGUAUUAUUUUCUAUACCCCCGAUCUCUCACUCCCUUUUGGCAUCGUCUACUCCUUGUGUUCUGACCGUGUUCCUUUGUCAUGUAAAGUACUGUCUUGUCCUUUUCUCGUCUCUGUUGGCGUCCCUUUUUUAAAAACCUAUUCUGUAAUUCCUUGUAAAGUUGCGAACUUGUUAAAGAUAAAGGUGAGUUCUGGUAAUGCGAUUGCAUUGAGAAAGAAAAGGUGAGGAAUGGAUCAGAGGAAGUUGAUCAUUUAGCAUAUAGGUAUUGGUGUGUACUGCAAG